UUGUUUCGUGUGAUAGAUACAAUGUACCGGUUUCACAUCUAAAUCUACAAUCUGUGUUUGAGCACGACGAUGAUGUAAUAUUAAGAAACAGUAAAUUAUGUGUCGAUAGUCUUUAUUUUCAACCAUAACAAGUAAAUUGCACCAUUUAGAUCUCUAUAAAAUCGAGCUGGAUCUAAACCACCAUUAGCCUUUUGAUAAACCAAAGGCUAAAAAGUAAAAGUUAGUGCUAAGGCUAAACGUCCUCAUUCAAUCAAGACGAGUAUCGGAGUAACUCAACUCACCAUAUAAGCCAUAUUCAUAACUUACACAUAAGUUUUGGCGUAAGCCGUAAGGCCCACAGACGCAACAUCGCAAGAGUCAAGACAGUGUCGAGUGUGUGAUUUUGAAACAUAAGAAUCGAUAGACCUAAAGAUACAAGAUUGUUAAUCAAUGGCUACCUUAACUGAAAUCUACACAUCUGAAACUAAAGGAGAUGACACAACAGGAGAUGGCUCGAAAGAUAAACCAGUGAAAAGUGUAUUGCAGGCUAUGAGAUUGGCUGGUAAAGAACCAUUUCCAGUUAUCUAUUGUGACUCUAAAAAAGAAGGAGAGAUUUAUGAACCAGUAGCCAAAUCGCAAUUGAAAAAAGUACAAAAGAUUUGGCAGAGAGAGCAAUAUAAGAAGGCAGAUGCAGAAGAUGCCACUCAAAAAGAUGCAGAAAGGAGAGAAAAAAAUUUGGAAGAUGCUAAAAAAAUUACUAUUGAACAAGAUGCUAGCUUGCCUGCACCACAAGAGAUCAAAUUAAGAGAUUCUGUGAAGACAAGAGAUGUCAGAGUGAAAAUUUUUGGUUGGGUCCAUCGGCUGAGACGUCAAGGUAAAAACCUAAUGUUUGUCAUACUUAGAGAUGGAACAGGCUUUCUUCAAUGUGUUUUUGCAGAUAAACUGUGCCAAACAUAUGAUGCAGUCACCUUAGCAACAGAGGCUUCAAUAGCAGUUUAUGGUGUCAUUAGGAAAUUGCCUGAAGGAAAAACUGCUCCAGAUAAUCAUGAGAUGGCUGUUGACUUCUGGGAACUUGUUGGUCCCUCACCACCAGGUGGAGCUGACAACUUGCUCAAUGAGGAUGCUCAUCCAGAUGUACAGUUAGAUAACAGGCAUAUGAUGAUUAGAGGAGAAAAUACUGCCAAAAUUUUAAAGAUGAGAUCAGUUAUUGUCCAUUGCUUCAGGGAACAUUUCUUUGACCGUGGUUACUUUGAAUUGACACCACCAACAAUAGUGCAGACUCAGGUAGAGGGUGGAUCAACCUUAUUUAAACUCAACUACUUUGGUGAAGAGGCAUACUUAACUCAAAGUUCUCAGCUCUACUUAGAAACAGCUAUUCCAGCCAUGGGGGAUGUCUUUUGUAUGGCCCAGUCAUACAGGGCAGAGGUAUCCAAAACAAGACGCCAUCUUGCUGAAUACACCCAUUGUGAGGCGGAAUGCCCUUUUAUUACAUAUGAGAAACUUUUGGAUAAAAUUGAGGAUCUAGUAUGUGAUGUUGUGGAUCGUGUUCUCAAGUCACCUUAUGGUCCCAUUGUGUUUGAGCUCAAUCCAGACUUUAAACCACCCAAGAAGCCAUUUAGAAGAAUGGACUACACUGAUGCCAUUGUCUGGUUAAAAGAAAACAAUGUAACUAAGGAGGAUGGUACAUCCUAUGAAUUUGGAGAUGACAUUCCUGAAGCACCUGAAAGGAAAAUGACUGACACUAUUAAUGAGCCAAUUAUGUUGUGCCGUUUUCCUGCAGAAAUAAAAUCUUUCUACAUGCCGAGAUGCAAAGAAGACAACAGAUUAACUGAAUCGGUUGACCUUUUGAUGCCUAAUGUUGGUGAGAUUGUAGGAGGCUCUAUGAGGAUCUGGAGACAAGAGGAACUUGAAGCUGGUUUUAAAAGAGAGGGCAUCGAUACAAGUCCUUACUACUGGUAUUUUGAUCAGACCAAGUAUGGGAGCUGUCCCCAUGGCGGCUAUGGACUAGGUGUUGAACGUUUCCUAUGUUGGAUACUAAACAGAUAUCAUAUCCGUGAAGUGUGUGCUUACCCUCGAUUUGUUGGCAGGUGUAAACCUUAAGCACAAUGCUUGCUAGAAACAUCUCUUUGGAAUAAUUGCAAUGUUUUUGUUUGAAUGGCUUCAAAACUAUACAACUUAUUCUACGGUCAUCAUAUGUUUUAAUUAACCAUUGUCUGUAUGUUAUUGUUCAGGUAAUAUGUUUUUUGUCAGAAAUAAAAUGUAAACAUGAAAACCUAACUAUUUGUGUGAUUGAAAAAUGUUUCUAUUUGUAAGAAAGUACAGUUUUUUGUUUUUAUUUCUUGAAACUUAAUAUUUGAAACUGGUUUGUUAUAAUGUGAAUAUCUUACACUUAAAAACUUUAUAAUGUUAAUACCUUACACUUUACUGUGUAAUAGUUUAUUUGUGUUUCAAUUAGUAAUAUCUCUAUUAUUGACUUUCUAAAGGAUCUUUUAGAAUUCCUGCUGCAAGUCAUGUUCAUUGUCUGAUAGUUGGUGGUGGCAGCUUGUUGAGUAAACAAUUUGUGAUCAACAUUGUCUAGUGUAUUGUUUUAGUCAAGCUUUGAAUCCAUGAGCAGAAGACAGUCUCCUUGUGGUCAUGUACUUCUUCAAAUAGUUUUAGAGGAUUUAUUGCCUUUGCCUUUGUGUGUUUGUCUGCUUUCAUGUCUGUCACAUUGAGUUUUACUUAACCUGUUCACAAUAAACUUUCACUUUAAGAA